AUGUCGCGCUCCUUCUAUGUCGACUCGCUCAUCAUCAAGGACUCCUCUCGGCCCGCGCCCUCGCUGCCGGAGCCGCACCCCGGGCCGGAUUUCUUCAUCCCGCUGGGCAUGCCGUCCCCGUUGGUGAUGUCCGUGUCCGGGACCGGCUGUCCGUCCCUCAAGAGCGGCGCGUUCUGCGUGUGCCCGCUCUGCGUCACUUCGCACCUGCACUCCUCUCGGGGGUCAGCGGGCGCCGGCGGCGGGGGCGCCGGGGCUGGGGGUACGGGGGCCGGGGGCGGCGGGGCUGCAGGGCCCGCGGGGGCCCUGCCUGUGCUCAAGAGCCAGUUCUCCUCGGGUCCUGGGGACGCGCAGUUUUGUCCGCGAGUGAGCCACGCGCACCAUCACCACCACCCGCCGCAGCACCACCAUCACCACCACCAGCCCCAGCAGCCCGGUUCGGCCGCUGCGGCAGCGGCAGCGGCAGCAGCGGCGGCGGCCGCGGCUGCUUUGGGGCACCCGCAACACCACGCACCUGUUUGCGCCGCCACCACCUACAACGUGGCGGACCCUCGGAGAUUCCACUGCCUCACCAUGGGAGGCUCCGACGCCAGCCAGGUACCCAAUGGCAAGAGAAUGAGGACGGCGUUCACCAGCACGCAGCUCCUGGAGCUGGAACGGGAAUUCUCUUCCAACAUGUACCUGUCUCGACUCCGAAGGAUCGAAAUCGCCACGUACCUGAACUUGUCGGAGAAGCAGGUGAAAAUCUGGUUUCAGAACCGCCGGGUGAAGCACAAGAAGGAGGGGAAAGGCACGCAGAGGAACAGUCACGCGGGCUGCAAGUGCGUCGGUGGCCAGGCGCACUAUGCGCGCUCUGAAGAUGAGGACUCCUUGUCGCCGGCCUCUGCCAACGACGACAAGGAAAUUUCCCCCUUAUGA